GCGUAAGUAGAUUUCCAAAAUGUCUGCCUGCACUUAUGAGAAUGGGAAGGAGUUGUUGGAUACUAAACAUUGGCAGUGAUCUACUUUUAUUUUCUUCACCCUGGAAAAAUAAUUGAAGAUCUGGAAAUUAUUCAUACCCAGCUUGGUAUAUGCUGGUGAUAAUGUCCGAAAACGGGCUUCCGUCGGGGGAAAAAGCCCUCGCGAAUUUGAAGGAUAUACAAUUUUUAAUCGACCAACGGAUUUCUCAGCUGCGGAAGCUCCGGGACCUCCUGGUCCGGACUCAUCCCUCGAUUUCAAAUGACCGGACCCCGCAAGAAAUUGGGUUUCAAGAAAUUCGUACAGCUGAGAAUAAGCUUAUAAUGAUGUUUGGUAAGCAACUAGCUAUAAAAAGCGGUACCGAUUUCCAGGGAACUAGUGUAGAGUCAGAUUAUCCGAGCAUUGCAGACUGGAUGUGUGUUGUAAAUAUACGACAAGAUGUUUUACAGAAAUUAUGUCAACCAUAUGGAACUUUGAAAGGACUGUUAGAUAUCGAAGAUUCAGAAAUGAGGGAGUUGCUAAAAAAUCAUGAUUGUUCGGACAAUGAUAUACAAAGAUUAAGCUAUGCCAUGAAGAAUCUCAAAGAGGCGUAUAGAGCACAUUUACAAGGUGGUGAAAAUACAAAGAAUCUUAAAAUGACAAACCUGGACUCGGGAAGCCCUGCAGGUAGUGAAACGGAAAUAAAUGAAGACAAAAGUGAAAAACGCCCGUCUGUGUCAUCGUCUAAUUCUGAUAUAAUCCAAGAAAAUGUGCGUGUGCCUAUUACACCACCUCCUAUUGACUAUCACCCAAAGUUGUUGGACUCUGUUGCCCCACCCCCUACGCCAACUUCUAAAAGGACAAAAUCAAAAGGCACACCCCCACCAAGUAAAAAAGUUUUUAAUGUGCAUGGAGUUAUCUUAGAUGGAUCUUCCAGUUUACCAAGUAGGACACAAAGGGUACGUUCGGAAAUAGUUUCACCCGGAAGUAGUUGUGAAGCAAUUGUUAGUAGACUGAAAUCCGAGGACGAGUCGGAUCCAGGGAGCGGACAGACGUCACCCAGAAAGAGUUCACCUGGCCGACAGUCAGAUGCGAAUUCUCUAACAGUCCCACGGAGGAACCGUAUAUGUAACAUGACACAUUCAAUAAAGCAUAGAAAAUUUCACACUUUUCAGCCCUAUACCUUAAGACGAUCUCGGUGGUAUACGAUGAAAAAAAAUGUGUUACCCACUAGGUUUGUUAAAAAGACAAUGAUAACAAAAACAUGUGACUACUGCCAUGAAAAAAUUGUCAUCUCUGGUGUUAAAUGCAAAGACUGCAAAUAUACAUGUCAUUCAAGGUGUGAACCAUCUGCUGAGCUUCUACCAUCUUGCGGCUUGCCUAGGAAGUAUGAAGAGAUUUUUAAGGAAUCUAUAACACAUCAAGGAUACGCAUCACCGUCACCUAUCUUUCACAGAAGACCAGCACCGAUUGAGCCUCCCCAACAAAGCCCAGAGAACCAAACCAGCUUACAAGCGUUUGCUCACGGUGAAUCUAGCUCAAAUCCAUCAUCAACAACCUCAUCAACGCCGUCAAGUCCAGUACCAUUAUACCCAUCAUCGGCAAGUGCUACACCGCCAAGUGUACAUUCACCUCAUGUCCGAGAAUUUGAUUUCGGUUUUGUGAAUGACGUUACGUUAGAACCGGUUGACACGCGUAAUGUGGAGACAUCUCAAUCAAGUGACCAAACAAUAACCGUUGAUUCUCAGGAGUCUCAUGAUUCACCAGACACUAAUACAGACUCAGAAAAAACAUUGCCUGGAAAGUGGGGCUCGAUAGACAGCAAUGUGUCUGACUCAGAGCUUAACGAGGUGUCUCAUCGCAAGGGUAGUGUGAGUAGAAAAUCGAGUGUAUUAUCAGAAUGGGACAUCCCUGUAGAAAAGCUAGACAUCAAGGAUCUUAUAGGAACAGGAAGAUUUGGCAAAGUUUACAAGGGAUACUGGCAUGGGGAUGUAGCAGUACGCAAACUAGAUAUAGACUCCAAUAAUGAAGAAGAACGCCAAGCAUUCAAGAAAGAAGUAUUGCAGUUAAAGAGAACAAGGCAUGAUUAUUUAGUUCUUUUCAUGGGCACGUGCAAAAUGGCUGAUGGCCUCGCCAUAGUAACAAGUCUGUGCCGAGGGCCAUCUCUUUAUAUUUACAUUCAUGUGAAGAAGGAGAAGUUUACAUUGGCGAAAUCAGUUGGAUUUGCAACGCAAAUUCUUCAGGGUAUGGGAUAUUUACAUGCAAAAGGAAUUAUUCAUAAGGAUUUAAGGUCUAAAAACAUAUUUGUUGAGAAAGGACUGUCUAACAAGGUUGUUAUUGCCGACUACUCCAUCUUCAGUGUAGCUAGACUUUCAAAAGAAAACAAGAGGGAGGAUUGUCUUCAGAUACCAAAGAAUUGGUUGUGUUACUUAGCACCUGAGCUCAUCAAAGCCCUAAAGGUAAAGGAUAUCGAUGGAGAACUGCCAUUCUCAAAGGCAUCUGACGUCUAUGCAUUUGGCACUGUUUGGUACGAGCUUUUAGCCAAGGAAUUUCCAAUGGCAGAUCAAGAAAAUGAAGCUAUUAUAUUUCAAGUUGGACAGGGAAUGAAACCCAUUUUAAGUCGCAUACAAGCUUCGAGAGAUGUCAAGGAUCCGCAUGAUUCACCCGAUGAUAUUUUAAUGAUGUGUUGGAACUACACCCCAAGUGCAAGACCCUCAUUUAGCGCUUUAACUAAAACAUUAGAUCGUUUACCGAAACGACGAAUUAUGCGAAGUCCUUCUACGCCCCUUCAUUUAUCAAGAUCAGCCGAGUCUGUAUUCUAGUGUGUCACCUUGUGUCGCAGAUAUUAGCAAAGGAAAGCAAUCUAUCAAGGUCAACAUAGAUAGUAUUUGUUUUUGUCACAUGGAAUUUGCAUAUUCAUGAACAAUUUGCAUAUUCAUGACAAUUUGCAUAUUUAUGACCAAAAACUAAAAUUAGGAGAAUUGUGAAUUUAUAGUGAAUUAUUGGGGUUUUUUUUCAAAAAAUAAUUUAUUAGCCUAAUUUUUUUAUUCAUUUAUUUAUUUGUUCUCUUAGAUUUUUUCAUACAUUUCCUAUCAAUUUGCUUAGUAAUGACAAGUAUGCAUUUUAUCCUUAUUCAAAACCAAUGUCAUUCUCUUUUGUCACACACUUUUUUUUUUAUUCCUCCAAACAUAAAUGCUGGGGUUCUGUGCAAGAAUAGGGAUAAAAAGAACUUCAAAAAAGGAUACUUGUUUUAUCUAUUAUAGAAUUUACACAAUAACCAAUAUGUUUUAUUACAUCAUUUUAUUUAGGGUCUGAGCUUUGAUGAUAAGCGCAUAUAUAUGGGUGUAUUAUUAUACAUACAGAAUUGAUCUUAUUUGGGGACAGAGGGCUAUUAAAAUAAGAUAAGUAAUAAGAUUAUUUAUAAUACUUUCCUUCUGUGUUUAAAGAAAUGAACCAAGAUAUGGCCUGCCAUGGAGCUGAUCAAACCCCUGCCGUUAAGAUCUUCUCUCCUGUUAAGCCUGGUUGCCAUAGAAUCACUACACUAACGCUACACAGCAUAGCUGUACCAAAACAAUCGGGAAGGCUUAUCAAUUUGUGUGGGAUGAAUCAUAUAUGCUUAAAGAGAAAACUAAUGCAUUGGGUAGGGGCUAAGUCUUCCGCAAGUUGCUGGAGUCUCCCAGAAAUCGGGAAGUCUUCCCGCGCUCUCGUAAGUAAGAUUGAACUCCCAGAAAAUAACCUAUCUUCUGCCAAUUCACGAUAUUUGCAUGUUUUUACUACUGUAUUGUCUGCCAGAAUCAGUACCAAUGGGUAUCACUUUGCACAGCAAAAUACAGUAAAGCUGGCUGUGACAGGCCGUAGCGAUGUUAUGGAAACCAGGCUAUGUGUAAAAUAUUCAUUGAUUCUGAUUUAUCAAACCAACUAGAAACGUCUUUUGGUUGUGUUCAAAGCUUUUGUACAUAAACCAUGAAAAAAAAUGUUAAAUACAGUAAAUUACAUUAAAUUAAAUAUUCAUGUGUCAGAACUAAACUGCCAGUACAUGUACCGGAUGUUUUUGCACAGUUUUUCAUAAUUUUUUUUAAAAAAAGAAUAUGCAAACUAAUAUUUAUAUAGAAUGCUCUUUUCUGUUAAGAUUUGUAAAUAUGAGACAUAAAUCGUUCAUUGUCGUUUAUGGAAAUUGUAUUAACUAGACUAAGUAGAUUAUGUGUAUUUCUGUUGGUUUUAAGGAGUCAGUACACUAUAUUCAUAGCUAUGUCAGAAAUAUAACAACUGGUAAUUGUACUGGAUCUACUAACCAUUUUCAUGAAGAUAUAUGGUUUUUGACAUGAUGUUUGCUGGGGCGAAUCCAAUCGAGGGAGGGGUACUUCCCUAUCCUGAUUUUGGUGGCCCCCUCCCCUCUGAUCCGCCCCUGGUUUGCAUUCAGAUGAUGCUUCAUUUUAAAGUUUAUAUGACAUUUUGCAACUAUCACAAACACUGGGCAGGAAUUGAAGAUGUUGGUUAAAGCACAACGUGGUGAAAUCUGUCAAGAAAUGAUUGAACUUAGACUGUAUUCUUACACGGUGGUGUUUGAAAUAAGGAUCUUUGUGAGCUAUAAUCAUGAGUCACUGUUUUCAGACACUCUGAAAGCCAAAAAAAAAAUGCCAUAAAGGAAUUCUUUUAAUUUAAAAUGUUGUUGGCUUAUCAUUUUCUUCUAAAAGAUAUUUUGGAAACUAACAAAAUGUACCAAAAAAUGAAUUGGUCCAUACCUCAGAAUAGAUACAGUAGUAUAAUACAUACUCCAAGUAUAGAAAUGCACGCCAUCGUGUCGGGAUUCAAUAUUUCGACAUUAAUUAUGUCAUCAUCAGGAAUGAAAAAUUA